UUAUUUUGAGAUGGGUCGGAUCCCGUGUUGUGAGAAGGACAAUGUGAAGAGGGGACAGUGGACCCCUGAAGAAGACAACAAGCUAUCUUCCUACAUCGCCCAACAUGGCACCCGUAACUGGCGCCUCAUCCCCAAGAAUGCUGGUCUGCAGAGGUGUGGGAAGAGCUGUCGCCUCCGGUGGACCAACUAUCUCCGGCCAGAUCUAAAGCAUGGCGAGUUUUCAGAAGCAGAAGAGCAAGCCAUUGUCAAGCUUCACUCUGUUGUUGGAAACAGGUGGUCUCUAAUAGCUGCACAAUUGCCCGGCCGUACUGACAAUGAUGUCAAGAACCACUGGAAUACAAAGCUGAAGAAGAAGCUGUCGGGGAUGGGAAUAGACCCCGUGACACACAAGCCCUUCUCACACCUGGUGGCUGAGAUAGCCACCACCCUCGCCCCACCCCAGGUAGCUCACCUUGCUGAGGCAGCUCUUGGCUGCUUCAAGGACGAGAUGCUCCACCUGCUAACCAAGAGGCGCAUUGACUUUCAGCUCCAACACCAACACCAAACCUCUGCACCUGGGUUUGAAGUAUCCCCACUCCCUGAACCUGUUGGAGGGAGCUCUGCAGCCACUACCUUUGUCACAGAGAGUACUCAUGAUAAGGAUGACACCAUACAGAAGAUUAAGUUAGGCCUCUCCAGGGCAAUGCAAGAACCCGAUGCAGUACCCACUAACAAGCCCUGGACUACAGCCUCCAUAGGAGAGACAUCUGAGGGAUUUGCCAGAGCCUGCAAUGAGUUUCCAGCAGCAGUUUCUGGCUUCCAUUUUGGCCCAUCAUCUUAUGGUAACGAUGGGGAAGCAUCCCCUUGGAGCCAGAGUAUGUGUACCGGAAGUACAUGUACUGGAGGAGGAGGUGAUCAACCAGAAGGAUUGCAUGAGAGAGAACAGGAUGAGGAUGGAGAGGAGGCAGAAGGUGGAAAAACUGUUGGAAAAGGGUCCAGCAUAUUCAAUUCUGAUUGUGUCUUGUGGGAUUUAUCUGAUGAUCUGAUCAACCCUAUUGUUUAGUGGGACAUCAAGUAGCAUUUGGCAAUGCCAUCAUAAGGACGAAUAAACUUCUCAUGACAUUUCUAUUAAAAGUUAUGUAUUACUUGUAUUGUAAAUAAAGUCAUAUCACAGACUUCUACAACAAGGAUACUC